GAAAACUUCACCCUUUGCUACAGCUUGCUUCACAGGCAUUGCUCAGUCUGAGUGGCUGGAUGAGUUCUGGACUGUGAUUGAUAUAACACCACUUUCGUCUUUCAUCUUAGCACAAUGAAGGAGUUCCUAGUCUUCCUGCUGUGGGUCUCUGUGUUUCCAAAAGGCCAGAAAAGUGACAGCGAUUACUGUGUCACUUCCCUGAAGCAAGAUAUUCUCAACUUGAUGGUCAAAUGGGAAGAUAUUGCCUGCCUUAAGAAUCAGCAAGGCUUGCCCUCAAACCUUCUCCAAACAUUGCCCCGAAGUUGCAAGGAAAUCAAAACAGCACUGGAAGGAGCAUCGGAUGGAUUGUACUACCUGGCCACCGAAGAUGGUGAAAUAUACCAAACCUUCUGUGACAUGACCACCAACGGAGGUGGCUGGACUCUGGUGGCUAGCAUCCACGAGAACAACAUUUAUGGGAAAUGCACCCAGGGAGACCGCUGGUCCAGCCAACAGGGCGGUGAGAAAAACUACCCCAGGGGAGAUGGCAACUGGUCCAACAACGCCACCUUCGGAUCAGCCAUAGCCUCAACAAGCGAUGAUUACAAGAACCCUGGCUAUUACGACCUUGAAGCUCAGGAUCUGGCAAUAUGGCAUGUUCCCAACGACACCCCCAUGAAAGAGUGGGUGGCCACUGCCUUCCUGAGGUAUCACACUGAAACGGGAUUCUUGGCUGAGGAAGGAGGCAACCUCCUGAGACUCUACCAGAAAUACCCAGUGGAGUUUGGAAUCGGGAGCUGCCCAGAUGACAACGGCCCAGUGGUACCAGUCAUCUAUGAUGCUGGGAAUGAGGAGAAGACAGCUUUCCUGUUUGCACCAGAGUCUAAAGAUCAGAUUGAACCUGGCUUCAUUCAGUUCCGGGUGUUUAAUAACGAGAAAGCUGCCAUGGCUCUCUGCGCAGGGGUUAAAGUCACUGGUUGUGAUACAGAACACGUCUGUAUUGGUGGAGGAGGGCACUUCCCAGAACAAACCCCACGGCAGUGUGGGGACUACACUGCCUUUGACUGGAAUGGUUAUGGGACACACAGCGGCCGGAGUGUUGCCAAACAGUUAUUGGAGUCGGCAAUGCUGCUUUUCUAUCACUGAAUUUUCACCUACCAUUAAUUGAACCCUGGAAAAAACCAGAAUAAUUUUUGUUCCUGUUUCAGAAGCUCACAGUGUGGAUGAAAGAAUAUGAAUGUUGAUCUAUUUCAGCACUAUUUAUUUUAUUUAACAUUUAUAAGCAUUCAACAGUCCACUUACAAAAACAGCAUAUAGAAUGAAUUAAAUUUGUUUUAAUGGCCCUUUUAAAAUCGAUUUCUUUUUCAAACCACCUACGAAACAAAGUUUUAAGGGCCGUGUCUGGUCUUUUAAAAACACAAAAUGUACCAGU